AUGGCUUCCAUCUACCAACUCAAUCAUCCCCAUUCAUGGGAUCCCUCGGCCACCGGUCUUGAGGAUCACCCUUUCUUCGCGCGUGGAGGUCAUCAUCAUGGCCCACACGCUCACCAUGGACCCCCUGGUCCCCCUGGACCUCCUCCUCACUUCUGGGGCUAUGGAGGCCCUCACCACGGCCACCAUGGCCACCACGGUCCUCCCCAAUUCUGGGGCUGGGGAGGUCCCGGCGAGCAUGGCCCUCGCGGCCGUCGUCACCACCACCGCGGCGAGUGGGAGCACCCCGAGAACAAUGAAGAGGUCGAGGCACCUGCAGAGGAGAACGCCGAGGCAUCUGGGUCCACAGAGAAGAUCCCCGAGACCCACGACAAAGAGGUGGACGCGGGGGAAAAGGCGGCAAGGCCCGUCACGGACACGGGCCUGGCCACAAGGGUGGUCCUGGAUUCGGAGCUUUCGGUGGUCGUGGACAUCACCAUCAUCACGGUCCUUAUGGAGGUCCCGGCCCAUUUGGCCCAUACGGAGGACCUGACGGGUUUGGAGGUCCUGGUCACUUUGGAGGACAUGGUCCUUACGGCCCCCCCUCAUCACCAUGCACACCCCAUGUUCGGCUUCGGCGGUCCGAUGGGCGGAAAGGGCCACAAGGGCCACAAGGGUCCCAAGGGUCCCAAGGGAGGACGUCGUGGCCGUGGGAUGCGCGGCGGUGGUCCCGAUAAGCACUUCAUGCGCCAACUGAGCGCAUUUUUUGGAUUUCCCCUCGGCCAGAACGAUGUUGAUUUCCAGCCAUCGGUUGAUGUCUUCGAUACCCCAGUCAACUACAUUCUGCACGUCUCCCUACCCGGUGCGAAGAAGGGCGACCUGAACAUCGACUAUGAUGCCGAAGAGUCCGUUAUUCGUCUGACCGGUGUUAUCCACCGACCUGGUAUGGACGAGAACCUGCACCAGGCUCUGGUGAUGGAAGAGCGAGCCCGCGAGGUGGGUGUUUUCGAGCGCGAGAUUCGUCUUGGUACGCGCCACGCUCCGGCUCGCGUUAUUGUUGACGGUAUUGUCGCCAAGCUCGAGGAUGGUGUUCUGACCGUGACUAUCCCCAAGAUUGAAGAACUUGAGUCAAAGAAGGUUCUUAUUGAAGAUGGCGAUGUUCUGGAGAAAGAUGCUAUGGUGAUGGAUGAGCAUGUGAGUCGGACUAUCACUCCUGGCGAGUCGGAGGAAAGCGAGUCCGAGGAAGAGGCACGCGAGUACGUCAAGAUUGCGGUGCAGUAA